AACCGGACUGUGUAGUAUCAUUUGAGCAACAGAGAAGUACAGAGCUUUUGGUGAACUUGAAACAAGUGACAACUGUUUUGCGAAAGAUUGAUUAAAAGAAAGUAAAUUAUUUUACGGUGCAAAUAAGAGUGCAGUAUAACGGGAUCUGCCAAUCGUCUUCCAAGUUUGGAUUUAGGAAGCAAAAAAACGAAAGUUUUGUGUUUUUUCAUCGUGAUAGACCAGUGAAUUAAACUGGGAAUAGUCCCACGAUGAAGUUGCUGGUACCAUUGGCCCUGGUGGCCACUAUGGCCGUACUGGUUUGUACUGCAGCCGAGGAGAAGAAAGAGCAAGACUACGGAACUGUUGUCGGUAUUGAUCUGGGCACCACGUACUCCUGUGUCGGUGUCUACAAGAACGGACGCGUCGAAAUCAUUGCCAACGAUCAGGGUAACCGUAUCACACCGUCCUAUGUAGCGUUUACUGCCGAUGGUGAGCGUCUGAUUGGAGAUGCUGCCAAGAAUCAGCUGACUACCAAUCCGGAGAACACCGUGUUCGAUGCAAAGCGUUUAAUUGGUCGCGAAUACACCGACUCGACCGUACAGCAGGAUAUCAAGCUGCUGCCUUUCAAGGUGGUGGAAAAGAACUCCAAACCGCACAUCAGGGUGUCGACUAGCCAGGGUGAUAAAGUUUUCGCUCCGGAAGAAAUUUCCGCUAUGGUGUUGGGCAAGAUGAAGGAAACCGCCGAAGCGUAUCUGGGUAAAAAAGUUACACAUGCGGUCGUUACCGUGCCGGCCUAUUUCAACGAUGCGCAACGUCAGGCAACCAAGGAUGCCGGAGUCAUUGCCGGAUUGAAUGUGAUGCGUAUCAUCAAUGAACCGACAGCCGCUGCUAUUGCCUACGGUCUCGACAAAAAGGAUGGUGAAAAGAAUGUGUUGGUGUUUGACUUGGGUGGCGGAACUUUCGACGUGUCGCUGCUAACUAUCGAUAACGGUGUGUUUGAAGUCGUUGCCACCAACGGAGAUACUCAUCUGGGCGGUGAAGAUUUCGAUCAGCGUGUCAUGGAUCACUUCAUCAAACUGUACAAAAAGAAGAAGGGCAAAGAUAUUCGCAAGGAUGUCCGUGCUGUUCAGAAGCUGCGUCGUGAAGUUGAGAAAGCCAAGCGUGCUCUGUCUUCCAGUCAUCAGGUCCGCGUGGAAAUUGAAUCGUUCUAUGAAGGUGAUGACUUCAGCGAAACCUUGACCCGUGCUAAGUUCGAAGAGCUGAACAUGGAUUUGUUCCGUUCGACCAUGAAACCGGUGCAGAAAGUUUUGGAAGAUGCUGACAUGAACAAGAAAGACGUCGAUGAAAUUGUGCUGGUGGGAGGUUCAACCCGUAUUCCUAAAGUUCAACAAUUGGUGAAAGAAUUCUUCAACGGAAAGGAACCAUCCCGUGGCAUCAAUCCUGAUGAAGCCGUAGCCUAUGGAGCUGCUGUUCAAGCUGGUGUAUUAUCGGGUGAACAGGAUACGGAAGCCAUCGUUCUGUUGGACGUAAAUCCACUGACCAUGGGUAUUGAAACCGUCGGAGGUGUGAUGACCAAAUUGAUUCCUCGUAACACUGUCAUUCCAACAAAGAAGUCACAGAUCUUCUCCACUGCCUCGGACAAUCAGCAUACUGUUACCAUUCAGGUGUACGAAGGCGAACGUCCAAUGACUAAGGAUAACCAUUUAUUGGGUAAAUUCGACUUGACCGGUAUUCCACCGGCACCCCGAGGCAUUCCACAGAUUGAGGUGUCCUUCGAAAUCGAUGCCAACGGUAUUCUGCAGGUGUCCGCUGAGGACAAAGGAACUGGCAACCGGGAAAAGAUUGUUAUCACCAACGAUCAGAAUCGGUUGACGCCGGAUGACAUCGACCGGAUGAUCAAGGAUGCCGAACGGUUCGCCGAUGAUGAUAAGAAACUGAAGGAGCGCGUCGAAGCUCGUAAUGAAUUGGAAAGCUAUGCAUACAGUUUAAAGAACCAGAUAGGAGACAAGGAUAAGUUGGGUGCUAAGCUAUCCGACGAUGACAAGAGCAAGAUGGAGGAGGUGAUUGACGAAAAGAUCAAAUGGCUCGACGAGAACCAGGAUGCCGAAGCAGAGGACUACAAAAAGCACAAGAAGGAACUUGAAGACGUUGUACAGCCGAUCAUUGCUAAACUGUACGCCAGCAGUGGUGGAGCACCACCGCCAGCGGGCGGAGAAGACGAUGAUCUCAAGGAUGAACUGUGAGCUGUUAUUUCGUGUAUAGAGUAGAAUAUUUGUCCUUUGUACUAGCCCUUUCGCCACUCGAUCAACACGGUAAACAAGGGAAUGAUUGUAGUCCAUUAGGAGCUACCUUCAGUACUAGCGAAAGCGGUCGAAUUAGAAAAUACUGUAGCAAGAGUUCGACAGUAUGAGCGAGUGGAUAACGGAAUCGAAUGUUUGCGAUAUAAGCGCGUUAGGUUCUCAUCUCAUUUUUCAGAUGGGAAGAAACAAAAACAUAUUAAAAGUUUAAUUUAAAGAACAACACUGAGUACUACUACACAUACGAGCAAAGCGUUGAAUUGUUUAAUUUAUUAUAAUUUUUUUUCGUUGUUGCUAAGAUGGCACGGCAAUGUAAACAUUUGCCUUCAUCUUAAAUCGAAACUCUUCGGGCUCUACUAACUGACUGUGACUGUCACAACCCACGUAAUGAUCGUUUUUUUCUUUGAGAAAGUCUGAAGUCAAGAAUUUUCCUGGUUUUCUUGCUGGAAUCUUUUCCUUUCUCACCAUCGACUGAUUGUAUGUAAGUGUGGAUGAUUCAUUUCCAAUAAGUAAAUGUAAGAAUCACAAGCAAAAAGAAAGUGAGUCUGAGAGCAACACAAACUAGGAUAGAAUUAGCAUUGGAAUCGUGAAUGAGCGACCGAUUAACAAAUAAACAAUUGCUGUAUGAGACGAUGAAAUAAAGUUUUAUAACUAAUAGAUACCAUCGAAAA